AUGCCUGGUCAAGUUCAUUUCCCCAGGCAUCUCAACCGUAGUAAAUCUAAUGCCCGAUCGCAUUCAAAUGUUUUUGAGAUAGAGAUAUCUGAUAUCUCUCUGCGUGGAAACCUGCCCAAAGUUGGGACGACUUCGUUGGACGACUUUUUCUGCGUGCGCAUCGGUGUUUGCAACCAGUUGCAGACAACGGGCUGGGCACUACGAUCUUACAAGUGGAACAAGACACAUCGCUUCAAAGUUGAUGAGUCCUCCAAAGUCACAUUCAGCGUCGAUGCCUGUGAUAUCCGACACUCCGGGAGGAUUGGUAGCUUCGAGGAAACCGUUGGAAAGCUCUUGGAACGCCCAGGUCCCAUCAGGCAGACUGUCAACUUGUAUGGAUCAGGAGGCCAAGAAAUCGAGAUUCACUUUAGCAUUGCCCGCAUCCAAUAUUCGACCAUCAACAAGUUAUCUAUCUCUUACGUCGACCUGCAAGAUUUGCCCUCCAUCCAUCAUAACACAUUUCGCGUUCAAGUGGCUAUAGAUGGCACUAUCUGGGAAAGCUCUUCAAAGCCCAGUAAUCAAGGAUGCUCCAGAUGGACAGACAGAUAUGAUUUUCCAUUCCAACUCGACUCGCAUGCUUCACUGCAAAUUUUUGCUACACGUUGGCUCCACGGAAACAAGCCGAUAGCUGUGGUGGAAGGUUCCGUGAAAGAAUGGCUCGCUGCGCCCAAUGGUGUCUUUAGCAAGACUCUUGAGUCUAUGGGCACAAAAUUUCAGCUGGAGUUUAAGGUCUCUCAGACUUCUACCGCUGGUGAUUUCUACGUUGAGAAAGCUGCCGAUCCGGUGGUGGAGAAACAUAACAAACUGGACACAAAGGAGAUCGAUGCAUUGGACAUUUCCGCCAUUAUCCUGGACAUCGACCCCAUUCCUAAAUUCGGAAAGCUGUCUUGGGAUGAUCGAUUCUUCCUCGAAAUCCACGCGAUGAAUAAUGGAGAACCUCAUAAAGUUAUAUCUCAAGCGCAACAGGGGGUGAAGUGCUUGAUGUGGGAUACAACAUUCACGUUUAACGUUUCUCAGACAUCACGACUCGUAUUCCGUGUUCUCGGCUACGACGGAAAAGAUAGCGAUCCAAUUCCUAUUGGCACGACUAUCUUCGAAGUCGAUGAAAUUCUGCAGCAAACCAGCUUGAUUAAACGUCCGUUUCUAUCUGCAACAUCCGUGCGCAUAGAUGGAAUGCCCACUUUGUCUUUCAGAGCAGCACAAGCUGGUGCUAUGUCAUUUACAGGGUCUUCGUCGCUUACGGCUCGGAAGUCUUUGGAUUCUUUCACGCAGCUUUCUGCCGCCGUUAACCGUACUGCCCAUCUAAAUGUCCAACCCAAACAACCAAGAGACCAUACUCAAAAUAAGAGAAUAAUUGAAGAUGCGAUUUCUCGGGCUAGCAAAUACAAUAGCGGCGAUGAACACCUUUACCCUCUCCUGGUAAAGAUCGGUAUCUUUGUUUCGGUGGCUGAAAGACUGGCUAAGCUUCACCCCUACGCAAGUAUUGCAUAUUCGAUACUGGCAACAAGAUACGAGGUCAUCAGACAACAGAUCGCCCGCGAAAACGGCGUGAUUCGGCUGAUGCAUACUAUGCAAGAAACUUACGAUCUUAUUAUGGCCGUCAAUUCCCUCCCGUAUCUGUAUCGACGAAAAAAUGUUAUCGAGGCCAUCGUGCAGCAAACAAUCGAAUGCGCGUUCUUCAUCCGCGAUUAUGUGAUUACUCGAGGCAGCUUUGCGCAAGUGAUCAGGAAUUCAGUACUGAACGUGGAAUCUCAGAUCAAAGAAUUCGAAAAUGCAUUCAAAGACCUUCAACGCAGUUUUCAGAGCCAUGGCGCUGUCUCUCCGCAACUCACUGUGCUCAAAAUCUUAGAAGAUGUUCAAGAUCUUGGCGCAAAGGCAGAUUUUCGCGACAUGCAUUACGCCAUAGAUGCUAGAUGUACUGCAUCAUGUGCCAUUCAUCUACCCACCUACAGUGCGGCGCCCCCGGUUGACCUGAUAACAUCCCUGCAGAGCUGGGUUAUCGGGGACAGCAAGGAAUCAGAGAGGAUCUGCGUCCUGUCCGGACCUGUAGAGUCAUGCAGCGCCAUCGCGCUAGUGGUUGGAGAACGAUUUCAGUUCGCGUCACGCCUUGGUUCUUCAUAUUGCUUUCGAGGUGACAGGCACAACGACACCCGGAGCUACACAAACUUGUUCCCAACAAUCGCCCGUGACCUGGCAGAUCGUAAUGCUCAGUUCAAGCAGAAUCUCUGGAGGGCUGUGGGACAUAAUAUGAGUUUGCGCAAGACAUGGGUGGUGAAGACGCAGUUUGAGGAAUUUAUCCUCGCUCCCUCCAGGGAUGUCAUUUGGAACGGACCAUAUCUGGUCAUCAUUGACGGUCUGGAGAUGGGAGGCGACGAAGCCGCAAGGAAGGAAGUAUUGAGUGUCCUCGUGGAGAAAGGGGCUGAACUUCCCAGAAACCUCCGAUUCUUGAUCACUUGCCGGCUGGAGGAUGACAUAUGCAAAGCUUUUAGCGGUCAAUCGCAUAUUCUGCGCCGACAACUGGGAGAAUCUGGCUCCUUCGCAAUGCCACCCGACGCAUAA